AUGCUUCUUCCCACCUCAUCAUUCCAAACCCAAACUCUACCAUCACCUACCUUCCACAUCUCUACAAUUCUCUCCCUCCAACAUCUCCUUCGCAUCGCAGACGCCACAUCCAUCAAAUGGUUCACCAGCGCUUGCAUUUACAUUCCCUCCCAGCAUCCCAACGACCAAUACUCUUUAUCCACCCGCUCAAAAAUCGCCUACCAAGCCUGGAAACAUAUUCAUACCCUUCAAAACCCAGAAUCCGAUGACGACGAACCGCGCGAUCUAUGGGAGGAAAAAUUCCGCUACUCAAACACGUCUCCUUUAGCGACCGAAACAACCUCGACUACAUAUCCCGAUCACGCGCUCCUACAAGCGGAUAUUACCACCAUACCGUCAUUCUGGACUGCAGAGGUUGAUUCCUUGCCCCGUGGAAGCGAAGUAGAAUGGCAUGCGCAUUUGGGGAUUUGUGAUGGUCUUAUCACUUUGGUCUAUGUGGAUACAUCGCUUGUCGAUAUGAGUACCCUCUUAGGUGAAGGAUGGGGAGGUAAGGGGGUGAUACCAUGUAAGAGUUUAUGGGAUGGUGAGGGGAGAAGAUUAAGUUCUGUGAUUGUUUAUUGGGGGGAUGUGAGUAUCCACGGAAACUUUUGGAUCCGUAAACGUACCAUCAGUCGGCGUACUCCCUCUUCCAAAGGUAUUGAGCUACCCGGAAGUCAAAGUUAUGAAGAUGUAAGCGUGAGAUGCCGAGUUUGCGAACCGAGCAUGAAAGUGUUUGCCAAGAUUGAUGCUUUGACGAUUGAUAAACAUCACCAAAUACGGAAGUUCCUGUGGAAGUCUAGGGAUAUCGAUGCAAUCAAUCACAUCAACAUACCUAGUAUACUCCGCACUUCCGGUGGACUACCACGCGAAAGUACGAAAUACAUCCCGCAAUGUAAACCUACUCUUUUUAUCAAAGGUAUCUAA